GUCUGAGAGGGCGCCGCGCUAGAUUCUGGUGGGCUGGCCCAGCCUCCUGCUAGAUCAGCGCAGGAGGUGAAAUACGAAUGGAUUGGGGAGAUGAAUAUUCCCAUAAUUCCUUUGACCUACAUUGUUUGUUAAAUUCAUUUCCUGGAGACUUGGAGUUUAAACAGAUCUUCAGUGACAUUGAUGAAAAGAUAGAACAAAAUGCUGCAAGCUUAGAACAUUGCAUUAAAGAAAUACAGUCUGAAGUUAACAAACAAUGUCCAGAUGUGCGGCUACAGACAAUAACUGACUGUUUUGAAUGGUUAAAUAACUAUGAUUCAUCCAAGUCACCUUCUAUUCCACAUGGAGAUUUGAUAAACUUUCUCAAAAUACUGCAAGAUUUGUUGAAGAAUGAACAAAAUCAAGAAGAAGUGAUACUGGAUUUACUUUGGGACCUUUCCUGCCAGAGCAGCAUUUCAUUUCCUUCAACUCUGAGUGAAACAUCUUUCCACUUCCUCUCUAGGACUUCUCUUCAUUCUGUUGAAGAUCAUUCCUCUAUGGAUGUAAAAUCUAUAUGGGAUGAUAUAAGACUACAUCUUCGACGCUUCUUAGUGAGCAAAUUACAAAGCCAUAAUGAAAUAAACAAUUUGCAGCAAAAAAUAUUGUUGAAAAAUGAGUGCAUACAGCAAUUCUUGUUUCUUUAUCCAGAAUCAGAAGUUAUAAUCAAGUAUCAAAAUAUACAGAAUAAACUGUUGGCUAAACUUCUGCAGAACUGCUUUCCUUCUUACAGCAGAGAAUCGAAUUUAGACAUAAUGGUUCAUGGAUACCAAAGUGCAAUGCUUAAGUUAUACUCAGUGAUAAAAGAGGAUUUUAACACACUGUAUGAAAUUUUAGCUCCAUCCUCAACAGUGAAAUUCAUUAAAGAAACGUACCUGGAUACUAUUACAGAAGAAAUGGCAAAAUUUCUUGCAAAUUUUUGUGAGCUGCAGUUCAAAGAAAGUGCUGUUCGCGUGAUUAAAACAAGCAAGCGCUCCAGCAGGCAUAGAGGAGCAGUGCAUGCUUUGGUUACUCCUGAAUGCCCACAGAAAGAAAGAAACUUUUUCCUUUCCUUAAAUGAACUCGAAUUCUUAUCACAGCUCAUAAAAUCCUUUUUGAAGCUGGAAAAAAAUGUUCAAAAAUUGUUUGAAGAAAUGUUUUUGUCACUCAAGAUACUCAGAAAUAAAUCAGAAAUUUUGGAAACACCCAGUAGAGAAGCCAUAAGAGAGAAGCGUAGAGCAAAUGAAAUCAAUAUUUCUUCAGAGCAGUUGCUACCAGGAAAAGAGGCUACUUUACUAGAUUUUGGCUGGAGAAGUGCAUUUAAGGAAGUGUCCCUUCCCAUGGCAUAUUGUAUAACAACAGCAAUCAAAGAUUUUUCCAUAAAAAUUCUACAACAAGAACAGAAUGAAAGGUCUUCAGCUGUGACCUAUGCUAUGAACCUUGUAAAUGUCCAACAAGUUUGGCAAGAUGGCUGUGUGGUUCCUGAGGAGGACCAACCAAAGAAAAUUGCAAAGUUUUGUUCUGACAUCAUGGAAAAACUUGACACAAUGCUUCCACUGGCUUUGGCAUGCAGAGAUGAUUCUUUUCAGGAAAUUAGAGCAAACUUUGUGGAGGCCUGCUGUAAAGUGGCAACAGCUGUCCUGGCGAGGCUGCAAGAGAGACGCAAGGAGUUUCCUUCCAGAGCACCCCUGGAAAACCUGCAUGCAUUGCUCUCCACGGCGGUUUAUGUCUUCCAGCGUUUUACGCAAUAUGAGAAUUUGAUGAAAGAAAAUACCAAGAAACCCAUAUUCCUGGUGCCUGUCCAAGGAUAUCAGGAAUUCAUCAACACUCUACAGUUUCAGGUUACGGACUACUGCGUCAGAGUUUGUGCUACAAGCAUUUUACAGGAUGCUGAGAGCCACCACUGGGAUGACUACAAAGCUUUUUAUGAGGGGGAAAGAUGCUCCUUCUCACUCCAGAUGUGGCAUUACUUCUUCUGGGCUCUUCAUCAUGAUCUCUGGACCAUUCUGCCCCCUAAUUUUGCCCAGAAGAUUCUAGCAGAAGUUUUUGAGAAAUCUUUGGGUCUACUGGCCUCCAGAUAUGCUCGGGCCCGUCCCAGUUAUAAGAGAGCUCCACAGAUAAGGCUUGAUAUCACAACAAUUUUAAUAUGUACUGAGAACAUGUUAUGGUCAGUUUGCACAUCUGUACAGAAACUUUUGAAUCCUCAGGAGUAUAUAGAUGAUAAAAUUUUUAAAAUUCAUACCCAUUGUAACAAUCUGUUGACAACAUUAGUCAUUUUGACUUCACCAUUAACUGAAUUAUAUCAGACUUUUCAGCAUGGCAUAGAUCAUUCUGCUUCAGAUUCCUUAAAACCACUUUUCAAGCAACCAUUACAUUGGUCUUCUUGCCUAUCACAUUUUUACCCUUCUUUACUCAGGACUUCAUCAGCUGGACGACUGACGACCGAGGGUCAAUUGAAACUGCUGUUAGCCCAGCCAGGGUGUAACUGGAACCUGCUUCUGGAAACCCUACUGCAUCAGAAUGGUUUUUUACUGAGAAUCUUGCUGAAGAGCUCAAAAUGCACCUUUCAAGAAGAAGGUUCUGAUUCAGAAAAUAAUAUGAGUCAAGUAUCUAGCUUGGUGGAAGCCAUCUUUAAAGUACUAUACUAUUGCAAUCUUUCUCCACAAACAUUUGGAAAUGUUUUUGUGAGCUACAUGGAAGAAGAACAAUUAUGGGACUUUUUAUAUCACAUUCCAGCCUCGACGAGUAUGGAGUCCGAGCUAGAGGUCAUCCGAUGCCUGAGAUUGGCACUGACCCACGCUGUCAAGGACGUUGUACAGCAGAUAAUGUCUGUGAUGAACUCUGGGAGAAACUGUGAGGCAAACUUAAACAAGCCUGGUGUUCCUGAACGCUUGCGUGAGAGCAUUCCAAAAGAAUGGAAUUACAUUCCAAAAGAAACCAAAAGGAAAGAAUCAAGUAAAGGCUUCACAAGGCUUGCUGCUCAGGCAGUAUCUAUUGUAAUCAGCAAGUUACCUACAGUGAUUGCAUGUUUGCCUCCCCCAAUUAAGUACUUCUUUUUUCUGUCUGAGAGAAAAAUGUCAAAAAACUUUGUUGACUUGAAGAAAGCUAGCCUGCUUGUCUGGAACUUGAUUGUAAUUAUAUGUCGGAUAUUUGAGGAUGGAAACACUGUGGAACUUCUAACAGGUGCCUCCCUUGACAGAUGGAGUAAAGAGAAACUGGGUUUAAUCUGUGUGUGUUUGGAAAGCAUCAUGGGAGAGCAGACAAGUAGCCCUAAUCAAAUGGCCCAAAAGGUCAUUCAGAGCAUUGAGCAGCAAAAACCCAACUGGAUUAAAUGCCAAUUGCUGAAAGCAAGGAAAUUGAGCACUGAAUGUGUGUUUAUGACAACAGAGAAAGGCACAGCCUUAGAAGAAGGAGAUAUUGCUCUUGAACUGACUGAGCAGAAAAUAAACAUGAUGGUCCUGGAUAUCUGCCACAAACCAGGUGGCAGCGAGUACCUGAGGCAAAUUUAUCACAUCAUGCGGCUCAAUGAGGAAUAUUUAAAAGAACAGCUGUUUUCUAUGAAUGGUUCAGAGGAAAAGCCAUUACCCAUCCGACCUUUAAAAACAACCUUGAGGAGUGUGGAAGAUCAGCCUUCUGCCUUUAACCCUUUCCAUGUGUACAAGGCAUUUAGUAAAAACAUGCUAGAUCAGUCAGCCAUCACAAAAUGGAACUGGAAUUGGUCAAACUUGCUGCCAAAUUAUCUGGGACUAGAUAAGAUGACCUUCAGUGUACUGCUCAAAAACAGGUGGGAAAUGAGGAAGGAUGAAAGACUAGAAGAGGAAGAAAAAGCAAAGCUGGAACAUUUAAAACGAAUUUGCAACAUCCAGAACUCUUCUGCCUCAGAUAACACAGAACAGUAAUCUGCAGAAAACAGCAACAGCUUUAUUUUAGGAAAUAAUCACAUGUAAUGGAGUAGGGUUUUUACUACAGUCAGGAUGAACCUCAGAUGUGCUGUGAAGCAUGAAGCCAAUG